CCUUCUCCAACCCCCCUCGCCCCCCUCCUUCCUUUUUCCCUCUCCUCGUUUGCCACUUAAUCUUGGACAAAGACGGACCAGUGCUACACGAGACACUUCGUUACGACACUGGGAUAGCAGGUGCUAUCGGGUGCAAUGCAGCAACCACAGAAUGGAGGAAAUGGGCAAGGUGAAUACUUCACAGAGGAAGAUGUUCGACGGACGAGCACAACAUCAGCUCGACUCCCAUCGUUGCUCGAACUAGCAGAGUCACCACAGGCACCUGCACGCCCGACAACAGCAGACAUUCCACCACCAACAGCUCUUAGCCCCAUCAACGAGCGGCCGCCUGCACUCCAUGAUCAAGAAUCACAACCACAAGUUCAGCCUCGUCGACCAUCACAACAGCCCGAUCUGCUGCCUCACCGUCCAGCCCCUCCUCCUCCCACACAACAAAGUCAAGUUCGAAACGUUCCAUUCCAGCCCACUCGUCAAGAAUCCGCCAUCCGUCUUCGAAGACUACGCGCUCCAUCCGAGAGCUCGAGAUUAGGGCCGUCACCUUCUCACCCACAACUAGCAUCUCAACCCCAAGAUGCCCCGGCACCUUUAGCCACAACAGGUCGACGUCGUUCCAGCUCAGAACCCCAACGGCCGGUUAGCUCCAGAAACUGGGCUGAUGAUCAACCUAUCAUGAACAAACCGACACCGCUAGUUCCCGAUCAUGUUGGCGGACAAGUGCCACAGCCACCAGCUGCUCAUCUUUCUCCCAUCAAUGAAGACGUCCUGGCCCGGCCAUCUAUCAAUGUCGAGCCCGAGCACCCUGGUUUGCGCCACCAGGGCACCUUCCGACAUCUUCUGCCACGUCGUCGCCGUGCAGAUAACCAGGUCAGCCCUGAGGAUGCUCAGGCACAGGCAGAACAGGACAUAUACGACUCGCGUAUUGUAGACUUUUUGGAUGUUAUUGACCCAGAAGUUGCCACGCUAUCGUCCAUUACCAACGUCCAAAACUCCCUCUUCGUUCCUUCGUUGGGUAGAUUCGUCAACCGAAGGCCGACAUAUGAUCUCUCCCAACUACCAGUUCUACCACCCAACUUGCCCGGUACCUACCCCCCUUCCCGGGAGGAUGUUCGUACUAUUCGAACGACCACAACCACAGGCGAGGGUGAAGUAGAAGACGAGAGGCCGCAUCAGCGUCCAAGUCCACCUCACGUCCACAGUUUCUCGACCGUCCUGACUGCUCCUCAGUAUGCCAUCCUGCCCAAGGAUGCCACUCUGGAGGGAUGGCGCGAGGAAGACAUCCGGAUGCUCAACGACUAUGUCCGACAUAUGCUCCACUCAAAGCGUUCCAAGUUUAAACAGCGCAUGAAGGCCUUUGGAAAGUACGUUAGGCGGCCGCUGGGCUUCCUUGUCACCCUUUACGCCUUCUUGAUCACUGUGUUCGGUCUUGCUUGGGUUCUUUUCCUAAUCGGCUGGAUCUACGUCGGCGACAAACAGCUGUACACCAUCAACGUCAUUGACAAUGUUCUUGUUGCUUUGUUUGCCAUUGUCGGUGAUGGUCUUGCUCCUUUCCGGGCGGUCGACACAUACCACAUGAUCUUUGUGGCUCGCUAUCACCUCAAAACCAUCAAGCUUCGCAAAAGGUUGUUGAUCCCUUUGAAGGAUCCCAAUGACGUGCCUCUUCAAACCCAAGCCGCCCUCGAACAAGCAGACCUUGAGCGCGCCCCCGUAGACCCGCACAUGACAGAGGUCCGACAUGAUGACGAGUUCAUCCCUGUCCUCUCCGAGAAAUCACAAGCCAGAUUCAUCCACCAUCAAAAGAAGCUGGCCAAGUCACACACCUUUUACAAGCCUCACGAAACGGGAACCCACCAUGCCUUCCCUAUCGGCUUGCUCAUUGCCAUUGUUUGCUUGCUGGAUUUGCACAGUUGUCUCCAGAUCACUCUCGGUUCUUAUACCUGGUCCACGGAUUACCACACUAGAAAGAGUGCAGUGACCACCGCUGUCCUUUGCUGCUCCAUUGCUGCCAACUGUACUGCCGGUUUGCUCAUUACCAUCGGCGAUAGGCGGACUCGCAAGAAGGAUGUCUUGGAGCGACUCCUGAAGCAGGAACUCACUGCUGAAGUGAUGCACAAGAUGGAGAAGGAACGGGAGAAGAAGGCCAAACAAGAGGCUGGAGAGCCUACGGGUAUUAUGCAACCGGCGUUGGCGUUGACGAACAAAUUCAGGAAGAGCGAAGAUCACGGAGUCAGAAAGAGCAUUGACCAUGGCACUAGCAAGGCCAGCAGUUCAGAGAGCUCGCGUACAGACAGGAAGGAGACAGCAGGUCGGUUCAACCCUACCGUAUCAGCACCUCAGGUUCAGGACCAAGAGAAGCAGGGAGCUCAGAACGGCACUGCGUAAUGUGGGAGGUUAAAGGAGGUUUGUUUUAUUCGAAAAGGUCAUGGGUUACGACCAGGGAGAAAACUACACGGACGGCUCUCUGGAUACUAUUACUGUUUAUUUUGUCUUUCUUUUUAUCUUCUGUCUAAUACCCUGUAUAUGGCUUCCCUUCUGUCUACAU